GUUCUGGACGGCUAUCUAUUCUGUGCUCUUGCCAGCUCUUCCCCCUGCCUUGAACCGCCCUUUAUGUUUGCUUUCUAGUUGGUUGACUCUAUCCCACAGACUAUCAGUCCUACGCUUUCUGGUUUGACUUCUCAAGAUGGCACGUUCCUGGAAUUCGGAAAAUGCAACCUCAUCGGAAGGCGAUAAGCAAGGUGACGUGGAAAAAGGGCCAGCCGCUGUCUCAUAUGUUCAAGAGGCUGGAGAAGUGCAGACAAACCUCGUGGGGCCACGGUUCAUUUGGUCGAAGAUAUCAUCAUGGGGUGUUGAGACGCGUGGAAUCGAGCCUGUUCCCAUUGAGGCUCGUACACAGGAGAACUAUGCAUCCAUCUUCACAUUCUUUUGGACAAUGAACUUCUGCCUCCUGUCAAUUAUUACAGGUAUGGUUGGCACUCUGAGUUUCGAGAUGAGUCUGCGCGACUCGUCUCUCGUGAUCCUGUUCUUCUGUCUCCUAUGCAGCGGACCCCCAGCCUAUCUCUCUACUCUGGGUCCAAAGACUGGCCUUCGUCAGAUGAUCCAGGCUCGAUAUAGUUUUGGUCUCUAUGGUUCCAUCAUACCUGUGCUGUUGAACAUGGCUACUGUCACUGGUUUCGUAGUGAUUGGGGCUGUUGUUGGUGGCCAAACCCUGUCGGCAGUAAAUGGCAAUCUUAGCGUUGAUGUCGGAAUUGUCAUCACAUGCAUCUGCACGCUUGUGCUCUCCUUUUGUGGAUACAAGGUUCUUCAUCAGUAUGAACGCUUCGCAUGGAUCCCUAUUUUCAUAUCCAUCGUCAUUGCAAUAGGGUGCGGAGGCAAGCACCUCAGUAAACAGGUUGUGCAGCCACCAGCAUCCGCAAGUACUGUGUUGUCCUUCGGUGGACUUAUCGCUGGGUUCAUCAUACCUUACGGAACCUUGGCCUCCGACUACGCCACCUACAUGCGAUCCGACGCCCCGGGACGUCGCCUCUUCUGGUAUACAUUCGCUGGAUUUGUUGUUCCCACUGUACCCCUCAUGGUACUUGGCGCUGCAAUCGGGGGCGCUGUGCCCAACGUACCCGCAUGGGCUGCCGCUUAUGAAACAGGAUCAGCGGGCGGAAUACUUGCAGCCAUGUUGACACCCGCAAAAGGCUUCGGGAAGUUUAUUGUUGUCAUUCUCGCAUUCUCAACCCUUGGCAAUAUGGCCGCGUCCACGUAUUCUGUGUCUCUCAACUUUCAGAUGAUUAUGCCUUUCCUUAUUCGCGUACCUCGUGGGCUCUUCUCGCUGAUCAUCGUUGCUGUUGUCAUACCAGUGUCGAUCAAGGCGGCGACAUCGUUCUUCGAUUCUCUCGAGAACUUCAUUGGCGUCAUCGCGUAUUGGUCGGCCGCCUUCGUCUCCAUCGUCAUUACUGAACAUCUUGCAUUCCGCAAAGGUGAUGCUACCACAUACGACCAGGCUAUUUACAACAAAGCCCGCGAGCUUCCCACCGGUGUAGCGGCCUUGGCCGCCGGUGCUGUCUCAUUUGCUCUGAUUAUUCCCUGCAUGGGACAGAUCUGGUAUACAGGGCCCAUCGCGGAGACUACAGGAGACAUCGGUUUCGAAGUGGCAUUCUGUCUAAGUGCCUUGCUAUAUCUGCCUUUUAGGUGGCUAGAGAUCAAGAUCCGGGGGAGGCUAUAAACCUUUCAUUAUAUAUGCACUAUCUUUCAAAAUAUAGAUAUCAUAUAGCUUGUUAUACUAGAUGUACAACACCUCCGCAAUUUUCGGGUCAUCGGGCU